GGCAGCUCGCGCGUCACCUAAUGGCAACCAGCGCGCGAGACGUUGUGUGUGCCUUCCCGAGGGAGACAGAAAAUCGUGUAUAAUUUGGGAUUUAAGUCGUAUAUUUCGUAUCUUUUGGAAUAUUUAUGAUUAUUUGAGAUCUCCUGCACCGAAUGGAUGCGUUAAUGAUGGCUCCCCGUGUCGGGAUUUCCUUUCUGUGCCUCUGUGUAGCGGUGAUGAGCUCUGUGGUACAUGCCAGCAUCCCCCUGCCUCAUUACGGAAACGCCUUGGUAAAGACGAGGGCUCGGCGUGAUGACGGCAGGUUACUCGGUAUAGAGAACACGGUACCGGUCCGGUUAGUGUACCGAAAGGACGGAGACAGUCAGACCGCUCAUGAUGUUCUGAACACGUGGGUUCGAAUGGGUUCUGACAGUAAACAGAACCAUGUGGCCCAGGCUAGCUUCCAGAUGCAGGCUUUUGGGCAGACCUUCAUUUUAGACGUGGAACUGAACCAUGAUCUUCUAUCAUCAAAUUACAUUGAGAGGCACAUAUCAGAGGAGGGGAAGUCAGUCGUCACCAAAGGUGGAGAACACUGUUAUUACCAUGGGAAAGUACGUGAUAUUCCAAAGUCAUAUGUGGCACUUUCAACUUGCCAUGGAUUACAUGGAAUGUUCUUUGAUGGGAAUCACACAUACAUGAUUGAACCGGGAGGAGAGAAUACAAAGAGUGAGGAGGGUCCUGUGCACAUGAUUUAUCAGUCUCCAGGUUUGGACCCCCCAGAGGGCUUUAUUUCUGCAGUUCCUCUGGCAGAGUCACCGUUUCAGAACCCUCCACUGUCAAGUGCAGCUCACAAGAGGAAAAAGAGACAGAUAUCUCGGAAUCUACUGAGUGUUGCAGAUGAGACCAAAUAUAUUGAGCUGAUGGUUAUAAAUGAUCAUUUGAUGUACAAGAAGCAUCGUCUUUCCGUUGGACAAACAAAUAACUAUGCCAAGUCUGUUGUUAAUAUGGCUGAUCUGUACUUCAAAGAGCAACUCAACACUAGAAUUGUCUUGGUUGCUAUGGAAACAUGGGCAGCAGACAAUAGGUUUAACAUCAACGAUGACCCCAUGGUAACAUUGCGAGAGUUUAUGAAGUACCGAAGAGACUUUAUCAAAGAAAAGAGCGACUCCGUUCACCUCUUCUCGGGCAACCGUUUCCAUAGCAACUGGGGAGGAGCCUCUUAUAUGGGUGGAGUCUGCUCACUAACUAAAGGAGGCGGAGUCAAUGAGUAUGGAAAGACUGAGGAAAUGGCCAUAACUCUCGCACAGUCACUGGGACAAAACAUUGGCAUCUUUUCUGAUAAGAAGCGUAUUUUAAAUGGGCAGUGCAAGUGUGAAGAUAAAUGGUCUGGCUGCAUAAUGGAUGAUGUUGGCUUCUACUUGCCCAGGAGAUUUUCUGACUGUAAUGUGGAAGAGUACCAUGAUUUCCUCAACAGCGGAGGUGGUGCCUGUCUCUUCAACAAACCCUCAAAGCUCUUGGAUCCUCCAGAGUGUGGUAAUGGUUUUGUGGAGGCAGGGGAGGAGUGUGACUGUGGAAACCCAGCUGAGUGUGCUAGAGAAGGAGAGGACUGCUGUAAGAAAUGCAUGUUGACUGAGGGAGCCAAAUGCAGUGAUGGUCUUUGCUGUAAGAACUGCCAGCUGGAGUUUAUGGGUGUCCUCUGUCGUGAGGCCGUCAAUGACUGUGACAUACCUGAAAUGUGCACUGGGAACUCAAGCCAGUGUCCUCCAAACCUACACAAGAUGGAUGGAUACACCUGUGAGAAAGACCAGGGGCGGUGUUUCAAUGGCAGGUGUAAAACCAAGGACAGGCAGUGCAAGUACCUAUGGGGAGAGAAAGCAACAUCGGCUGAUAAGUUCUGCUAUGAGAAACUCAACAUUGAGGGCACAGAGAAGGGCAACUGCGGACGUGACAAAGACACCUGGAUUCAGUGCAAAAAACAGGAUGUACACUGUGGAUAUCUGCUGUGCUCUAACAUUUCUCCAGCCCCUAGACUAGGAGAGUUACAGGGAGGUUUGACCUCUUUCUCUGUGGCUCAGCACAGCGCCUCAAUGGACUGCAGUGGAGGACAUGUGCUGAUUGAUGGAGACUCUGAUCUGGGUUACGUGGAGGACGGAACUGCAUGUGGAACAGAUCGGAUCUGUUUCAACCACAAAUGCCUCCCAGUGCAAGAAUUCAACUUCAGCACGUGUCCCGGCACUAAUGACAGGGUGAUCUGCUCAGGACAUGGGGUGUGCAGUAACGAGCUCAGGUGUGUGUGUGACCUGGGCUGGGCAGGUGAAGACUGCAAUUCCACCUCUCCUUUGAGUUACCUGCUGGUGCGACCCACAGCCAAAACAUCAGGCAUUAUGAGUACUAACAUCAUCAUCGGGGCCGUUACGGGCUCUAUCCUGGUCCUCGCACUAAUUCUAGGCAUUUCCGCAUGGGGAUACAAGAGCUACAGACAGCGUCAGUAUGUUGAAUCUGACGUACACAGAAGAUUCUGUCGGCAAAUGCCACCGGGUGAUUAUGUGAAGAAGCCAGGAGAUGCUGAUUCUCUCUACAGUGACAUGCCGCAAGGCGUGAGCUCCAACUCCGGCAGCAGCUCCAAGAAGAGGUCUGCUUACCUGUCUCACCUCCAGAUCAACACUCGCUCUUUCACCCCAUCUAUCCCCUCCAUCAGCCAAAACAUCUCUCUGUUCGGCUUCAGAUCUAAUGGCAUGUCGCACUCUUGGAGUGAAAGAAUCCCGGAUGCCAAGCACAUCUCUGACGUCUGUGAAAACGGACGACCCAGGAGCAACUCGUGGCAAGGAAACAUCACAGGUACCCGUAAGAAGCUCAAGGGAAAGAAGUUCCGUCCACGUUCCAACUCCACAGAGUAUUUAACCCACUGCAUUAAAUCAGAGUAUUAUGUAACAAAAUGGGUAGAAGAUGUUAAUAAAAACACUGAAGGACCUUAUAUUAGGACGCUGUCACCGGCCAAAUCGCCCACUUCUUCAACGGGCUCCAUUGCCUCUAGCCGGAGAUACCCCUACCCCAUGCCUCCACUCCCAGAUGAGGAGAGGAAGGCCAACAGACAAAGUGCCAGGCUGUGGGAAACAUCAAUAUAAAAGACCUCCUCAAAACUGGUCUGCAAAACUCAGUAAGGAUUUUCAUCUGCUUUUGUACGAAUGAGAAAAUAAAACCAAAAAGAAAAUACAAAAUUAAAAUGGAGAAACAGAAAAAAAGGGACGAGUAAGGGGAAGAGUUGGGCAUGGUCUCCUCUGAUGUCUGUUCAGCGUUAGUAUUGUGGAGCCAUCUCACCUUGGAUGCUGAGGAGCACAGUAUCAGAUUCCCAUUCCUGCUGUCAUUCUUAAACAAGACUCAGGAACAUGACUUCAUCACGAGACAAACCCGGAAUGGCAGCCGUGCUGAACAGAUACACAGACAUCAAAAGCCACUCGUGCCCUCAUUAAACCCCACCCUCUUGUGACCCUACACAUGACCUUCCCCGCCUCAAAACACACAUGCUGUCUUGUGAUUGGUGCUGUAAAUGCCCAGGUGCAAGAAGCUUGUAUAGGAGAAGAAAGUAACUAUUGUUUUGGAAGCACGCUGUCACUGUAGAACCUACUGCUGUAUGCAUGAGAAAACAUGUUUAUCAAUUCCCUGUAGUGUAAUGAUGUAAAAAUGUUUGAAGAUCUUUCACUCAAGGGGGCCGCAUGUAUCGGAGGACAGCUCUGUAGGCUGGUAAGAUUCAUUCAUGUUUUAAAUGUCCCUCCAAGUUCUCAUCACAGUUCAUACAGUCAAACUUUCUCAGUGAAUUUUGUACAUAAGUCAAAUAAUGCAGAAGCACCAGUUGAAAUGUGAGAUUGUAGUAUUUUUCUGUUUCAUGUUUGGUUGUGGAGAGUGUGGCAAAUCCCCUUAAGCCUAGCACACCUACUAGACAGAAGCUCAUUGCCCUUUCCUGUUUUAGGUCCUGUUUUAAGUAAAAUGCCAACCAAACACUCUUCUAGUGUGUGCACUUCCAACACGUUCCAGUUCAGAUUUAUUAGUCCCAGAUGCUAUGAUAAAGCUAAAAAAAAAAAAGUUAUUUUUCUCUUUUUAUAACAUUUUUCAAGAAACAAAAAACAAAAAUAAACCACAACAAACAACACACAAACAAAAGAACAGAUACUGUCAGCACAGCUUAUAAAUGCUACAUGUAUUUACAUGACAUAAUAAUACCAUAUAGAAAUGAUUGAAUGAAAAACACUUUACAGUAUUAAAAGAAUAUGUCUUAUAGCUUGGUAAAAUAAUCACGAAUAGAUUCUGAAACCCUUAACCAGGCCUGCGCUGUUCUGGGCCUGGCUUUGUUAAGCUUGGCUGUAGAGCAUUCCAUAUUAACUAUGUAUUGCAUGUUCAGUAACCACAGUCUUGUUGUACCUGCAUUAGUACCCCACCAAAGUUCAAAUAUUGUCUUCUUUGCUGCAGUAACAAAGAAUCAUUUUGUCCAUUGAUCCAAGAUUCAAAGAAGAGUCAUCAUUCAGAAGACACAGGCAGGGAUCCGGAAUAAUAGUAGACCCAAUCAGUUCUUCUAGAGUACAACAAACUUGAGUCCAGAAAUUAUUUAAACUAAACAUUCCCAAAACAUAUGAUAUACCGUGCCAACUGCAGCAUUUUGGCAUAAAGUACAGUUAGACCUGUAUCGGCUGUACGGUGUAGCAUAAGCUCUAUGAAUGGUUUUAAUGGAUAAGCGGGUGACUCCAAUUUUGAGAUGUUUUGCUUACGUUUGACCAUACUGUAUACCAAUCAGGACAUAUGCCAACCUUUUGUAACUCCUUUUCUCAAACAAUCUCUAUUGGCAGACGUUUGCAUUGUGCUUCUGAAAGGGAGUUGUACAUUUUGGAAACCAGUCCUCUAGAACUUUUAACACGAUCAAACCAUGCCGACAUAGGUGAUGUUAGUGUUAGUGAUGUGUUCCAUGGAACUCCAUAUGCUUUCAUGGCUAAUCUCAAUCUCAAAUAAAGAAAAAAAGAGGAACCAGGGAGGUCAAACAUAAUCUGUAAAUCAUGAAAUGAGUGUAAUCCAUCUUCGCUGAAUAUGUCUCCUAACGUAUGAAUUCCCUUGGAGACCCAGAGUGGAGAUGUAAAAGGUUUAUUCCCUGUCAGUAUAUUAGUAUUAUUCCACAACGGAGAAAGUUUAUGAAAUUUAGGUACAUUUCCAAACAUUUUUUCUGCCUUUCUCCACAAAAUUGUUUGAAAUAUUACUGACCAAUCGUCAGGUACGUACUGUCUCUGAUAAUUUUUACAUUUACAUUCAGUGAAGAAAUGACUGCUAGCCCUGUAUGUUAAAAAAAAAAAUAUUCUGGGUUCAAUACAAGUUAAGCUCAAUCAACAUAAUUUGUGGGAUAAUGUUAACAAAAAAUAAUAUCGAAUUGUUCCUCCUUAAAAAAUAAAUAAAAAUAAUAUCAGUUACAUGAAGUCAAAGAAAUGUAAAGCUUAAAACUUGCGUAUUAUUAUUAUUAUUAUUCCAGGUUCAAUACAAGUUAAACUCAAUCUACAGCAUUUGUGGCAUAAUAUUGAUUACCACCAAAAUUAAUUUCGAUGCCAUUUUUUGUUUUUUCCCCAAUUUGGAAUGGCCAAUUCCUAAUGUGCUUUUUAAGUCCUUGUGAUCACGUAGUGAUUUGCCUCAGUCUGGGUGGCAGAGGACAAAUCCCAGUUGCCUCUGUGUCAUCAACCUGCGCAUCUUAUCACGUGGCUUGUUGAGCGGACAUAGCACGUGUGGAGGCUUCACACCAUCCACUGUGGCAUCCACGCUCAACUCACCACGUGCCCCACUGAGAACGAACCACAUCAUAGCAAUCACAAGGAGGUUACCCCAUGUGACUCUACCCUCUCUAGCAACCAGGCCAAUUUGUUUGCUUAGGAGACCUGGCUGGAGACACUCUGGGAUUCGAACUAGUGAACUCCAGGGGUGGUAGCCAGCGUCUUUACCACUGAGCUACCCAGGCCCCUGCUCUUUCAAAAAGCAAAAAUCUGGGUUACAGUGAGGCGCUUACAAUGGAAGUGAAUGGAGCCAAUCCGUAAACGUUAAAAUACUAUUUCAAAAGUAUAGACACAAGACAUAAACAAUAUGCGUGUUAACAUGAUUUUGUGACAAAAACGCUUAAUAUUUUUGUAUGUAAAGUUAUAGCCAAUUUUACAGCUUUGUUGCCAUGACAAUGUAAUGUCAACAAACCCUAAAACGACUGUAAAAAUGACUUUACAGCUCAAAUAAUACAUGAGUUUUAACAGAAGAAUUAAUGUAAGUGCUUUUAUAAAAUUAUAAGCUUAACAUUUCUGCCUUUAAAUCCUCCAAAAAUUGGCCCCAUUCAUGUCCUUUGUAAGUGCCUCACUGGAAUCCUGGUCCCGUAUUCACAACAAAUCUUAAGGCUAAAAGUAGCGCGAAUAAAUUGGGAAUUUCAUUCGUCAGCAGAAUCCUUUAUCAAACUUUAUCUGCCCUCUCCAGACCGCACAGCGCCCGAAAAUCAAUAGUGUAUAGUAGUUUUUUCUUGUGGAUAAGCGCUCGCUGCAGAGAAAAAAGGGGGCAUUCACGGGGAAUCACCGCAAUCGCAUCAACACAGGAUGAAGAAAUGUUCAUCAACCGAAAAAUAUCUAUCUAUCUAUCUAUCGUCUGGUCCAGUCCAUCCGUCCACCAUGUGCACUUCCGAGUGGGAAACUCGCAUUUACGAUCAUUCCGAUAGCAUGUAAAGGCAGCAUUACUUCCACAGAGAAAAAUAAAUGAAACAACGAACCAUGAAAAAUAAGUUUUGUAUACUAUGAGAGAAAGAAAACACUGGUGUUUAGAACGAGACAGGGGAAGCGUACACAGUAUUACAGUUUUAACCAAAUUUGUCCACUGAUGUUUCUGUUGGAUGUGUUGGAUUGGAGGCUUGGUAAAAUUUGAUGCCUAUAUUGUAAUAAUUUGAAAUUCUGUUCUCUAUAUGAGUAAAAGUCGUACAUUUUCGUACGAGCCAAGUUGCUUUGAAUACCUUACAGUUUUGCCAUUUCGUACGAAUUAUUACAAGUUGUCAUUAAACAACUUCAGGACCAGUCUUGGAGGAGAAUGAUCUCAUAACUGAUGCACCUUCAGUAGUUUGUGAUUAGUUGCGUCAGGUUCACACCAUAGCAUUGACAGCGUGACAGAAAACAAGAAAUGUUUUCACAGCGAAGAACUUCUGUCUUGUAAACGUGUAUAAAGACUUAGUUUGUCUCUGUUUGUUUGAAUGUUUAAUUUCCCUCAUGCUCACAGCCGAAUGUAAUUAUUUCAUUUGUUCAUCAUCACCUCACGUGAUUUAUAAUUCUUUCGUAAGCAUAAGGAAUGUGAUUUUAGCUGAUUGUUUUGGUUACUUUGCUUAUUGUGAAAUAUGCUGCCAUUGUCAUGGAAAUGACGAUGAAUUUUUAGAUUUCUGAUAAAGAGAAACAAUUUUGCAUAUACAAUGUAUAAAACUAACAAUAAUAACAAGAAUUCAUGAAAAUUAAGUACAAUUUGGUGAAUAACAGAGGAAAUAAAUGGUUUGUCAUGGAUUACAGAAGACAUGAAAACGCUGUAUGCAAAAACUGAAAUAUUUUCUCAAUUUAAACUAUUCUUGCAUAAUUUACUGCAUUCAUCUCAUAGCGACAAUUACAGAAUGGUUUUACAAGCGAUUUACACAGAAAUGUGUUUUGUUUAUUUUUCAUGAUUGAUGCCCAUUACUUGGUAGAUAUAUUUGCCCUUUGUUUACAGCUCGACACUCUUUUACACCAAGAAACUCUGCAGUAUCCCUCAUGAAAGUUGGUCACGUGACCAUUCAGCCUUGAAAGAUUACUUUUUUCGAUCAGUAUUGUAUUGGUAAUGCAGUUUUUAUCUGUACAUAGCCUGCUGUGCAUUUGAUCUGUCUGUACUGAUUUUUUGCACUCUGCCUGUAGCCCACAACUAACGUCAGAUAAUAUCGCCAUGAUGUAUAUGAAGUAUUUUUAAGGUAACUUUGUAAAGUCUUUUCCUCCCUAGUAUUAUUACAUGUACAUAUUUAAUCCCAAUGACAAUUAAGUGCUUUAGAAUAAUAACUACUGCAAUAGGUUUUUGUGCAAAUUGAGAUUUAGCUACAAUUAUUUUUAUUGUUUCGUAAACAGGUCGCCUUUAUACACCAUGUGUGACACUGUUGUCCAGAUUCUGUGUUUGUACCUGCAGUUUACAUGCAGAAAUGCAUUCAAUGCCAAUGCCAUGUCUUCAACAAACAUUCAAUUAACAAUAAUACAAUUAAGUUUCUUUAUUUAAUACACAGCCAUAAUAACUGACCAUCUGAAGCAAUACUCUCUGCUCACUGUGACCCUAAUCUGUCCAUAAAAAAGCACACAACCUUUACGACUCGUACUGGAAUAAAAUCUCAGAAGGAGAGAUGCUGUUUCAGUCAAACCCGAGUUUCAUCCUGACGCCAGCUUUUGAAUGUAUUUAGGAAAAUUAAUAUUUACGCUCACCAAACAGGCCCAGACCACUUACACUGAGAUCACACACACAUACUGAACCAACUUGCAAAUAUAGGACAGCGUUAACUGGAAGUAAAUCAUUUUCAACACUGAUUAGUUUUUUUGUUUUGUUUUUUUUUUUUGCAGUUGAAAUGUACAUUUUGAGUCUUUUUAAAUGCCUUAUGCUAAUUCAAAAGCUGUCACAUGCUGUUUCUCUUCUGUUCGCAUCUGAUCAUGUACACAGUGUUGGUAUUCAUAGAUUCUUCAUAGCUGUUUUGUUUUAUUAUGUGCUGUACAUAGACUGACAAUUAAAAUGAUAAAAUGCUCUUUUUUUUCAUACAGUAUCCAUUAAGUAUUGUAAUAUAUUUAAGAUAAAGUAAAACUUUCAUUCAAA